GCCAACAUGACAGAGCUUUGAAGCAAGGUAGAGUGGGACUGUGAGAGGGGAGACUUCUAGAGAGAGAGAGAGAGAGAGAGAGAGAGAAUAUGAGCGAACUGGGUACUACAACGCCGGGCGGUAACGCAUCGUCUCCUCCACAAGCUCUCCUUGAGAGGCUCAAGGAUUAUGGCCAAGAAGACGUUUUCUCCCUCUGGGACGAACUCUCUCCAGAAGAACGGGAGCUUCUCGUCAAGGAUAUCGAGAGCUUAGAUCUUCCAAGAAUAGAUCGGAUAAUUCGGUGCUCACUUCGAUCUCAAGGACUUCCCAUACCGGCAAUUGAGCCUGUUCCGGAGUCUUGUGUAUCGACUGUCGAAGAGCGAACACUUGAGGAAAGAGAGAGAUGGUGGAAGAUGGGCCUGAAAGCUAUCUCAGAAGGGAGGUUGGCAGUGUUGCUUCUCUCUGGAGGGCAGGGGACACGGCUUGGUAGUUCUGACCCCAAGGGAUGUUUUAACAUUGGGCUUCCAUCAGGAAAGUCAUUAUUUCAACUCCAAGCAGAAAGAAUUUUAUGCGUUCAAAGACUUGCAGCUCAAUCUGUAAAUGAGGGCUCAGCUGGUUUUGUGCCAAUACAUUGGUAUAUAAUGACUAGCCCAUUCACUGAUGAUGCUACACGCAAGUUUUUUGAAAGUCAUAAAUAUUUUGGCCUUGAACCUGAUCAAGUCACAUUCUUCCAACAAGGUACUAUACCUUGUAUUUCUAAAGAUGGCAGAUUUAUCAUGGAGAGUCCAUAUAAAGUAGCGAAGGCUCCAGAUGGAAAUGGGGGAGUUUACUCAGCUCUGAAAUAUUCAAGAUUGUUGGAGGAUAUGGCCAUGAGAGGUGUGAGAUAUUUGGAUUGCUAUGGAGUUGAUAAUGCAUUGGUUCGUGUUGCGGAUCCAACUUCCUUAGGAUAUUUUAUUGAUAAAGGAGUAGCUGCAGCAGCAAAAGUUGUCCGUAAGGCAUACCCACAAGAAAAGGUUGGUGUUUUUGUCCGACGAGGUAAAGGUGGCCCUCUCGCUGUGGUUGAGUAUAGUGAGUUAGAUCCAAUGCUGGCUUCUGAAAUCAAUCAAGAGACUGGACGGCUUCGCUUUUGUUGGAGUAAUGUGUGCUUACAUAUGUUUACUUUGGAUUUUCUAAAUCAAGUGGCAAAUGGCCUUGAGAAAGACAGCAUUUUCCACCUUGCUGAGAAGAAAAUCCCUUCAAUUCAUGGAUAUACCGUGGGAUUAAAGUUGGAACAAUUCAUAUUUGAUGCAUUCACAUAUGCUCCUUCAACUGCUCUUUUUGAGGUCUUACGUGAAGAGGAAUUUGCACCAGUUAAAAAUGCCAAUGGGUCAACUUUUGAUACCCCCGAUAGUGCUCGUUUGCUUGUUCUCCGUCUUCACACUCGUUGGGUGGUUGCAGCAGGUGGCUUCUUGACACAUUCAGUGCCAUUAUAUGCAACUGGUGUAGAGAUCUCACCCCUCUGCUCUUAUGCGGGAGAAAAUUUAGAAGCUAUAUGUCGUGGAAGAACAUUUCAUGCACCCUGUGAGAUUACUUUCUAGUUCGGAACUUUACUGAUCUAAGUUCAGUUAGAUUUAAAUGAACUUAGAGGUUUGUCCAUCCUAUAUGGGUAAGUACUUUAUAGAUGUUGUAAUCUGAUGUGUGAAUUAGAAAGGUAUAGGUAUAAUUUUUUUUUUUGUGAGAGAAUUGGCAUAUUUAUAUAUCAUCCAUCAUCCAUUCUAUUCUUUAUUGUUAAUUUUGUAUUCACUAUCCUCUUGUAUUUUCAGCCAUUACAUUUGAUAGAUGAACCUAAAGGUUUAUUCUUGGGACCUUCUUUUGUUAUAUCUCAUUUCAUGCAUGAACUGUGGACCUCAAUAUCCUCAUCUCAUGCCAGUGACAAGCAUGAACUGCAGUGAUAAUUUAGCAUGUUUCCCUUU